UGCUUUUGGUCCAGAGCUUGGGAUCGGAGUUUCCGCCUGUGCCUCUCGCGCCAUGUGCCUCUGGCGCCGGCCAAGACACCGAUGCAGGCCUUCACUUCCAGCUCUGCAGCCACUUGGCCUGGCAAGCCAAGCAUCGGGCUGCCGUGGCUGGCCCGGCCAUUGGCAAGCUCAGUCACAUCUGUGUCUGUCACAGCCUCGGUCUUCGGGCAGGCUGCUGCUCUGGGCCGCUGCCUGUGUGGCCCUCCGCCUCUCCACGCGAGAGGCUGGCAGCUGCUACACGCCGCCAGCUUCAGAGAUCGAGGUCCUUAGCAGACGGGGCCUCGCCAUUGGGGCAGCUGCUGCGGCCAGCCUGGACGUGUUGCCCGCAAGGGCAAUCCUUGGGCUCUUCGAAGGCCCCAAGGUGGUGCCAUAUACGAUGCCUGGCGUGUUCAACAUCUCGAUGCCGCCAGACUAUGUGCUGAAGAAGUCCGCGCCUGGGCUUCUGGCGUGGCAAGGGGAUCGAAUCCAGCCAGUGGAGGUCAUGACCGCCAAGUCCAAGGCCGUAGACUUUGCCAGCCUUGCGGAGGCCCUUGGGUCGAACGCCACAGAGGUGGGUGAGCGGAUGGCCAAAGUCCGGCCUGCAGUUCGGGUGAACAGCACUACGGAAGCCACACUUGUGGAGGCGCUGGUUGACCCCGCUGGGUCAGGCCUGGACAUCUACCAGUUCGAGUGGAUCAGCGACUUCAUCCAUGAGCUGAAGCUAUAUGCCCUGGUGAAGGGUGAGGGCAAGAACUACUUGUGCAGCGUGAACUUGCGGACAGCUGCGCUUCUCUGGGAAGAUCGGCAGGAGCUCUUCCGAUCCAUCAUGGCGUCCUUCGCCCCGCUGGAAACGCAGCCGAAGCGAGAGGCAGCCGCUGCGGCCCCCGCCUAGCCUCCGUUGGUGGCGGAACUGUGUCACUCGGGGCAACACUCCAACCGACGCCAGGAGCGCUUGCAAUGCGAAAGUCUUCGAGAAGCCUUGGGGACUUACCAGUUGUUCUUUCUGUGUGCGUGUUGUGCAGCUCCAAGCCACGGAUGCAAGAACGUAGUGGCUCUGGUGGUUGGUUCAGAGAUACGGUGAAUUGCCAGUUCCCUAUGAUUUCGGCGUUAGGCCAUAGACAAGCAUGCAGUUUUCACGCUGACAAUUUUCAUGUACAGAAUGUAAAGAUGCUUGCAGCG